AUAAGGGUUUAUAUAAAGACAGAAAGCUGUUGCAUCGGUAUUCAGUUCACCGUCGAAAGAGUUGAAAUCGGGUUUAUCAACUUUAGCCUGUUUUACCGACUUUAGCAACAAUGAACCGAAUCAUAACUCUGCUAGCCAUAAGCGUGGCACUAUCAGCAGCAAUGAGUGUGCCCAAUGUCUACCACAAGACUUCAAACUCACUCAAGCAAGAACAAUUAGCAGCUCUAAUAAAUCAACUGCUUCGAGAGAAGCAAGUUUAUCAAGAAGUGAAACGAGAAUGUUUAAGAAUGGGACCUUUAGGCUGCUUGAAUGAUCCCAGAAAGCAUCUACUAACUAUGUACAACCCUGGAAAGAGAUGUGCCAACUUUGGGGAUGAUGGGUGUCUUUCAGGUGGAGUUCAAGGAGCAGGUUCCGACAGUGAUUGGCUGGCCAGUGGUUUUACCCCCGGAAAAAGAUGCGCUAACUUUGGCGAUGAAGGCUGUGUUACAGGUGGAGUGAUUGGUGCUGCUUCAGAUAGUGACUGGAUUGGGGGUGGAUUCAGCCCUGGCAAACGUUGUGCCAAUUUAGGAGAUGAAGGCUGUGCUAAUGGUGGAGUUCCUGGGGCUGCUGCAGAUACCGACUGGAUUGAUGGAGGCUAUAGCCCAGGGAAACGAUGUGCCAACUUAGGGGACGAAGGAUGCGUUACUGGCGGAGUAUCGGGUGCAGGAUCUGAUAGUGAUUGGAUCAGUGGUGGAUUUAGCCCUGGAAAACGAUGCGCAAAUCUAGGAGAUGAAGGCUGCGCUAAUGCUGGAGUUGAGGGAGCUGGCUCUGACGCUGAUUGGUUGAGCGGCGAUUUUAAUCCAGGCAGAAGAUAAUCACAUACGAAACACCAAAAAGCUGCCUUGUGAAAUAAAACAGUUUGCGAAUCCAUUUAGAAGCAAAUAAAUAUAUAGAAAAAUU